AUGGCCGUCGACGACAGGCCCGACCCGGUCUCGGCCAUGGCACCAAACGAAGCCAUCAAAGAAGCCCACAGCGCCGCGGCGACACACAAGGCCGUCAACGCCUGGCAACAGCCCGGCCCCGCGUGCCUGGACUUCCGCUCCGACACCAUGACGACGCCGACGGCCAGCAUGCUCGAGGCCAUCAUCAACACGACGCUCCAAGACGACGUCAUGCUCGAGGACCCCACGACCAACGACCUGGAGGCCUACAUCGCCGAGCUGGCCGGCCACGAGGCCGCCCUGCUCGUCAUGUCCGGCACCAUGGGCAACCAGGUCGCCCUCCGCACGCACCUCACGCAGCCGCCGCACUCGGUGCUGUGCGACAUCCGGUCGCACAUCUACAACUACGAGGCCGGCGGCGUGUCGUCGCUCUCCAGCGCCAUGAUCCUGCCCAUCCGGCCCGCCAACGGCCACCACCUCACGCUCGAGGACGUGGAACGCCACGCGGUCCUCAGCUCCGACGUGCACGCGUGCCCGACCCGCGUCAUCAGCCUGGAAAACACCCUCGACGGCAUGAUCAUGCCGCUCGCCGAACUGCGCCGCAUCGCCCAGUUCGCCCGCGCCCACGACAUCAGGCUCCACCUGGACGGCGCGCGCAUCUGGGAGGCCGUCGCCGCCAACGCGGGCAGCCUGCCGGACUACUGCACCCAGUUCGACAGCGUGAGCAUGUGUUUCUCCAAGGGCCUAGGCGCGCCCAUCGGAAGCAUCAUCGUCGGCUCGAAGCCCUUCAUCGCCCACGCCCGGCGCAUCCGCAAGAUGAUCGGCGGCGGCACGCGCCAGGCCGGCGUGAUCAGUGCGGCCGCCCGCGUCGCCGUCGAGGAGGGCUUCGGCCGCGGUCCCCACGGCGAGGGCGGCAAGCUGAGGGCCUCGCACGCACGGGCGAGGAAAGUGGCAGACAUGUGGACUUCGAGGGGCGGCAAACUCGCGAACCCGACCGAGACGAACAUGGUGUGGUUGGACCUGGCGAGCGAGGGCAUGUCGAGUACGGAUUUCGCCCAGUUGGCCGCCGAGGAGGGCUUGAAGGCCUUUGGUGGGCGGCUGGUUGUGCAUUAUCAGAUCACGGACGAGGCCGCGGAGAGGCUUGGGAGGGUCAUGGACGCGGUAUUGCAAAAGGGGAGGGACCAGGAGACUGGCGUUGCGGAUGCGAAAAGGGCAGACGGGGUCAAUAGCAACGGCGAACGAUACGGGUCGAAGGAGAGGAGCCAUUGA